GAAUAAGAUGAUCACGCGGGUGAAGCUAUGGUGGAAGCUCCUUCAUUCCGGCCAGCAGAAAGGCAUACUCGCAGGAUUAGCCGCGCAUUCGGGGCAGGUGUCAGUCGGUCUGGGCCAAGGUUUCAGCGCGAUCCUGAUCCCUCAACUACUGCAAACCCAUUUCGCAGACGUAUCCGAGACGUCCUGGAUAGCAUCGUUAGGGGUCGUCUCCAAUCCCCUAGGAUCUUUAGUCGCUGGCCUAUGCUCGGAAUGGUUCGGAAGAAGAUCAGCCAUUGCCUUAGCAAGUUUACCACACGCGGCUGGCUGGCUGCUGAUAGCAUUAUCGACGAACGUGCCCAUGCUAUACGCUGGCAGAUUCAUCAGCGGUAUCGGCAUGGGCAUGGCGAACGGCCUCUACCUUUACGUCAGCGAGACUGCGGCACCGAAUCAAAGAGCCUGGCUGGGAAGCUGUGGCCCAGUCUUAGUCUCCGUUGGUGUCCUAAUGAUCUACACGUUAGGAGCGUUAACCACGUGGCAGAGAGCUGCAGCGAUCAGCAUCGGACCAACGAUACUUUCCUUAGCACUGAUUCGUAUGAUCCCAGAGACUCCAGAAUGGCUGGUGGCCAGAGGCCGAAACGAUGAAGCAAAACAAUCCCUACUAUGGCUACGAGGACCUGGUUCCACGACUGACAAGGAAUACGAAGAACUCUGCGAGACGAACUUGAAACGAGAGAAAAAAAAGGAGAGCGUUGUCAAAGCUCUUCACACGCCAAGUGUUUGGAAGCCGUUCCUGAUCCUCUUAACUUUCUUCGCCCUGCAACAAAUGUCUGGGAUCUAUAUAAUCCUCUUUUACGCCGUCAACGUUCUCGAAGAUAUCGAUAUCAAUAUCGAUAUCAAUGAGUACACAGCUAGUGUUGGGAUCGGCGUGAUCAGAUUGUUCGCCUCGAUCGCCGGUGCUGGAUUGGCGAAUAGCUUUGGCAGGAAAGUACUGGCCUUCGUGAGCGGCCUAGGAAUGGCGAUCUCGGCCGUAGGCGUUGCGCUGACCUUCAGGUUCAAAUUACCGUCGAUAGUGUCCUUGGUGUGCAUUGGAGGCCACGUGGGAUCCUCGAUGUUAGGAUAUCUUACGCUUCCGUGGGUGAUGACCUCGGAACUGUAUCCUCUUCGGUUCAGAGGACCUCUGGGCGGCAUCACCACCAGUCUGGCCCAAUUGUUAACAUUUGGAACGAUUAAACUAUAUCCAAAUCUUAGUUACAUAGCUGGUAUCGAGGGAAUUAUGUGGACAUUUGCUGGCGCAAGCAUCUUGGGGACAUUAUUUGCCGCCACGAUUCUACCUGAGACCAGAGGUCGAAGUUUGGAUCAGAUAGAAAGCACCUUCUCUAACAAACCAGGACAAAAUAAUAGUGCUCAGACAUUGCCAACCGUGUCCACGCAGUCGAGGAACAUCACUUUAAAGAAAUUCGCGUCAAUCUCCGAGGAGAAACAUACGAACAUGAUGGACAAUGUGUACACUUAUGAUAAUUUCUGUUUGGACCUGUCUCACGAUGAUGCUGCGAAAACUACGAAGGAUUCGAGAAGAGAAUCUGACGGAACGAACGACAACAGUGUUCAUACUAUCUCACUGGAACAUGUUUAUAUCUGACGAAAUAGAUAAGAAUUUGUUCUUGCGUGUCUAAACCAAAGCAAAACAGUUGUGGCUGUUAAUG